AUGGCGCCCAGGAAGAGAGUUGUUCGUACUCAGACUGCCAGAGUUGCUAGAGAGGCUGAGGAUGAGCAUGUCCAGCCCGCAUUUCCGCAGCAGGCGGCUCCGCCUAUUGAUCAGGAUGCUUUGAGACAAAUGGUUCAGGAUGCGGCUAGGCAGGCUGCACAGGAGACAGUCCAGCAAGCUGCCCAGGAGGCUGCCCGAAUAGCUGCUCAGGAGGUUGCCAGACAGAUGGCUGCAGUACAGCAGGGUCCGCAGAUUCGCAUGCAGCAGGCUCCACCAGUUCUGGUUCAGCAUUAUCAUCAGGUUCCACAUCAGUCGGCUCCAGUCCAGCAGUACCCUCAGGUUCCUGUUCAGCCGGUUCCAGGAGUUUUUCAGGUUCCACCGCCGCCACCUGCUUUCCCAGUUCAGGUGCCCGAGGUUGAUGAGACAUUUAUCAGGGUGUUGGGACAGAUGAAGUAUGUGAGUUUGGAGCAUUUCACUGGAACGACGGAACCUACAGUUGCUCACGAUUGGAAGCACAAUUUGGAUAAGUGUUUGAAGACCAUCUCGUGCCCACCAAGGCUCAAGCUAAACAUCGCUGAGUUGUAUUUGCGUGGAGAUGCAUCAAUCUGGUGGGAUGGAGUGAGAUUGAUGCACCGUGGCGAGCUGACAUAUGAUGAUUUUCUUUACGUUCAACAAGAAGGUGCAAAGUCUAUCAGGGAGUAUGAGCGGGAGUUUAGCCAGCUCCGCAGAUUUGUGGGUAACAACAUAGAUGAAGAGGAUCUGAUCAGGAGGUUCUUAGAUGGGAUGCGAGUAGAGCUUCGUGGUAGGUGCAGUGUGGUUACCUACACCAGUUUGGAGGAUCUGUUAGAGAAGGCGGCUGUGCAGGAGAAAUGUAUGGGUGAGGAGCAGAAGUUCUCCAAAGCAGUUCAGCCUAAGGCAGGAGGGGCUUCGGGGUCGCAGAAGAGGCCUUGGGAGCAGACUGUAGCACCCCGUUGUGGGCGUUGUCGUCGCCAGCAUUUUGGAGAGUGUCUCCAGUGCUUUAACUGUGGUCUGGUUGGGCAUAUCUCGAAGAAUUGUAGGAAGCCGCCACGUACUCAGGUUGCAGCGCCAGCAGCAGCAGUAGCACCAGCAGUGGCAGCGAGGAACUGUUACGGCUGCAACCAGCCGGGUCACAUCUACAGAGAUUGUCCGAGGAGAGGCGAUGCAGCGCUUCCACCACCACCGAAGCGUCCAGCCAUCGCUCCACGGGUCUUUACAGUUGGAGAUCCCCAGGGAGUUGAACCGAUAGCGGGAUCGGUUUCGGUUGGAGGAAAGUCAGCUCACACUUUAUUCGACACGGGGGCCUCUAAUAGUUUUGUGAGUCCACGCUUAGCCCAGUCUUGGCCUUUUCGGGGUGUCUUCGAACCGAAGGCUAAGAAGAUUCAGACUGCCGUUAUUCUUGGAGGAGUUGAGUUUCUCGGAGAUUUGACGGAGCUGGAGAUGAGCUGCUACGAUGUUAUACUUGGAAUGGAUUGGUUGUCACGACAUCAAGUAGUACUGGAUUGUCCGAGAGCGAGAGUCCAUAUCCCCAGAGCAGAAGGGAAGAUCAUAUUCCAAGGGAUUCAGACGCACCAUGGAAUUUCCAUUGCCUCCAUGUUGCGCGCAGAUGAGCUACUGGAGAGAGGAGCAGAAGGAUUUUUGGCGACCAUUUCGAUGGUUAAUGAGGAUGGUCAGCAGGAGCUGCAUGACAUUCCAGUGGUUUCCGAGUACGAAGACGUUUUUGAGGCUUUAAAAGGGCCGCCACCAGCUAGAGCAGACGUUCUUGCGAUCGAGGUGGAGCCAGGAGCAACACCAGUUUCACGAGCCCCAUACCGCCUUGCACCAGCUGAGAUGGCGGAAUUGAAGAAACAGUUGGAAGAGCUAUCGGAUAAGGGAUUUAUCAGGCCGAGUACUUCACCGUGGGGAGCACCAGUGUUGUUCGUGAAAAAGAAAGAUGGGAGUUUCAGACUUUGUAUCGACUAUAGAGGUCUGAACAAAGUGACCAUCAAUAAUAAGUAUCCGCUUCCGCGUAUUGACGAUUUGUUGGACCAGUUGCAGGGAGCUUCUUGGUUCUCUAAGAUUGACUUGGCAUCGGGAUACCACCAGAUUGCGAUAGCUGAUGGAGAUGUGCGGAAGACGGCCUUCCGUACACGCUAUGGGCAUUAUGAGUUUGUGGUGAUGCCAUUUGGAUUGACGAACACACCGGCAGCGUUCAUGAAGCUUAUGAAUGAUGUGUUUCGGGAGCACUUGGAUAAGUGUGUGAUCGUUUUCAUCGACGACAUUUUGGUUUAUUCUCGGAGUAAAGAAGAGCAUGCUGAGCAUUUGAGGAUUGUGCUGGAUAAGCUUCGGGAACACCAGUUGUUUGCCAAGCUGAAUAAGUGUAGCUUUUGGCAGAGGAAGAUUGGAUUUUUGGGCCAUGUGAUUUCAGAAGUAGGAGUUGCAGUAGAUCAGGAGAAGAUUACCGCCAUUUCAGAGUGGCCGACGCCAAAGAAUGCUACGGAGAUCCGCAGUUUUCUCGGUUUGGCAGGGUACUACAGGAAGUACAUCAAGAGUUUUGCUAGCAUUGCAAAGCCGAUGACAAAGUUGACGGCAAAGACGUCAAGUUUGAUUGGUCAGACGAUUGCUCAAGGAGUUUCACUGAGUUGA